AGCUAACCACUAGCUAGCCUAAACGGACUUUUUCAUCCUGAACGUUGUUAGAGGGCAACGACAUGAUGGAAAUUGACUCACUUCAUGAAGCGCUCAAAGAGUUUGACAACAAAGGAAAAAGAGAGGAAUCUCCACUUCUGGAGCAGUUUCUAUGCCACAUUGCCAAGACCGGAGAGACCUUGGUUCAGUGGUCCCAGUUUAAGAACUACUUCCUGUUCAAAUUGGAAAAAGUGAUGGAUGACUUCAGAGACUCAGCACCUGAGCAGAGAGGCCCAGCCAAUCCCAAUGUGGAGUCAAUUCCAUUUGAGGAUAUGAAGGAGAGGAUACUGAAGAUAGUGAAGGGGUACAAUGGGAUCCCAUUUACAAUCCAGCGCUUGUGUGAGCUGCUCACAGAGCCCAAGAGAAAUUAUACAGGAACAGAUAAAUUUCUUCGAGGAGUCGAAAAGAAUGUAAUGGUGGUAAGCUGUGUGCAUCCAACCUCAGAGAAAAAUGGAUGCAGUGGUGUAAAUAGAGUGAAUGGAGUGAUGCUUCCUGGAAACACAUCUGGUUUUACAGAGAGGAAAGUAAAUGGCCCAGGAACUCCCCGGCCAUUGAACCGACCAAAGGUGUCUCUGGCUCGCUCAUUAGCAGCAAAUGGUCUGCCAGACAGUACAGACAACAAAGACUCCAUCACGGACCAAGAAAAUGACAAAGAGCUCAGUGAGGUUUCUGCAUCAGGAGGUGCACUGGGGAGCUCCAUGAAGAACAAGCACCAUGAUGAGGAGGAGGAAGACAUGGAAGCUGAGCAGCACGAGGUGAAGAGACUGAAAUUCAACGAUGAGGAAGAGGAGGAUGAGGAGUAUGAAGAGGAGGAACAGGAAGCUGACACACUGAGACCUUUGCAUGCUAGCUGCCUCUCAAAAGAGGCAGAAGCCAUUGUCCAGGAGAAGGAGGAAAAAGUUGUUUACGGGGAGAACGAGGCCUCCAGCAGUGCCGGAGCUGUGGAAGACCAAGAGCCGACAAGUACGCAGGCGGAGGUGUCUGCAGGCCCAGGCCAGGAGAUGGAACAGGCUGAGAGGGAGGUGCCAUGCGGCUCCCAGGAGGAGGGCAGUGACAUGGAUCAGACAGAGCAACAGGCCCCCACUGGCGUUGUGGAAAGCCCUGAAACCUCCAGGGACAGUGAUGACAGCAACAAUGACCCAGUCAGCAGUAGCAGCAGUAGCAGCACUGAGGAGAGCACAGCAAUGGCCAGAGAAGAGGUAGCCCCCACUCCAUCAAGCAGUACGAUUGAGCCCCCUACAGAGAGUGCCAUGGAAAGUGCCAGUUCGAACACUGGGACCAGUGACGAGCCCAUGGAGCAGGACUAGACCAAGCAGCUGUGCUGACACCUUUGACCAUAAAACACCUUGUCCUUGAAUCCAGCUUGACUGUCACUGGGAAUUAGGAUAACUGCACCUCUUAUUCAAGAUAAAUGCCUCAUCUUACUUUUGGACACUCCUCCAAAAUGGCUACUUGGCACUGAUGUGGGCAUAAAAAUAAUUGGAAUUUUUCAACUGGAAUAUUUUUAUUAUCUUUUAUUAAUUUUCCCUUAAGAGCAACUUGUCUCCAGGGAUUUGUUUCAGCAGCCUUGAAUUUCUUGGAUAGAGUUUCAUUUGUUGUUUUUGAAGACGGAGCUGUUAGGAUACAAAGUUUUCUGGUUCCUUACCCCCCCCCCUCCCAUCAUAACUGUUUGGACAUUUUGUCAGGCAAGCUAGAGGUCAGUUUUGUUUCCCUAGCUGCAGUUAUUAUCCACAUUCAAACCACCAGGGUCAGAACAAAGCCACACCAGCCACUCAUUAUUUAUGCAGUUGUCCUGUACAUGAAUGAGAUACUCUAACUGCCUCUGGCUUUGACUGAAGCACAUGUCUAAGAGUGUUCAGCACCACCACUGUCUUUACUCAAGUGCCACCAUGGCUGUUGAGAUGAUGCUUUUUUAUAAUUAUUAUAAUUACUUGUCCAUUUCUUUGUGGAAUGGCAGAUAUUAGUUUUCUCCAUUAUCCUCAGUCAUUUUAACUGUUAUGACACACUACCAACCCCACUGAAUAAUAUGACAUGCUACCUUGUAGGGGCAUGCUAUGUAAUAAGUUUGAAUGCAUAGAACCACCAUAAUUUAUAUGAUGAUUUCAACUCAGUGACUUAUUUUGGAGUAUUUUCUGUUCGUCUGCCAGUUUCCCCAAAACCAGCUGUAAGUACAAAGAUGACUUCUGCUUUCUUUGUAUUGUGAUGUCACCUUGUUAUUUCAGAUAUCCAGAGCAGUUACUGGUUCCAGAUUGACACCUGUUUCUGCAGCUGUACUUUUUGAUAUUUAGAAUUUUAAAUUUCUGUAAAGUCGAUUUUUGUAGAUUGUAAUACAGUAUGUGUUCACUGCCUUUGUGAAACCAUAUAUAAUUGUAUAAUUUCUGUGUAUAUUCUGAAUACCUCUGCUUUCAGUGCAGUAUUCAGAAACAGCAAUAAAUGUUCACAUUUUUGUGUGGUAGUCUUACUCACUUCAUUUUGGGUCUUACGUCUAUUUUUGACUGGCUUUCCUGUCGGAUUAUCAGAAUUCUAUUUGAUAACAUGUUCAUUGUACCACUACUAUGGUUCUGUUUACUAAUGGUAUUUUCCUUUAAAAGCCAGUUGGUCUCAUGAUUAAA